AUGGUCUAUCACGGCCCGAGCGCAGGGUGCAAGGCUUGUCGAACCCGGCGAGUAAAAUGUGACCAAGGCAAACCAUCGUGCAAUAAUUGCACUAGACGACGCCAGACUUGUCCCGGUUACGCAGAUGUCUUUGAUGGGGCACACAGAAGUCAAAACAAAGUUGUGAUUCGGAGGGUGGAAAAGCAGAAUGCUGCAAGGGAGACGGAUUCCCGCUCUAGCACUCCCAGCAGUGAAGGAUCGCUAGACACCACGCCUACAUCCUCCAGCACAACCACUAGAUCAUCGAUAAGGAAAACCCACACCCCGCUUCAAUGGGUCAUAUAUUCGGCGGCAGCAGAAGAGAACCCUGAGGACAAUGGCGAUUCACAGCAUCUCGAGAAGGCGCGCCUCUCUGAAGUUUGCGAAUUUCCAACGAGCGAGCUUCGGAUCGCAAUUGCUAACUCGAUCAAGCAAGACCCUCAGAAUGCUUCGAUAAAUUUCUUCUUUCGCUAUUAUACCGGAACCAUUUAUGAUCCUCAACUUCACAAUUCUUUUGCACUUCUUUGGCAACCAAUGUACCUAAAAUCCUCAGAGAAUUCGCCAUUGAGACUUGCAACAGCUGCGGUGACUGUCAAUAUUGCCAUGAUGUGGAACUUCAGAGGUUGCGACGCACGACCAGCGCGACAGCUUUUCACGAAAGCCCUUGAAGCAACGAGGAUGGCAAUCGGCAAUCCGGCGCAGAGUAGCAUGGACGAACUCUUAAUGACAAUAUUGAUCUUUGACCUCUACGAUGCAUUGGUCCUGCACUACGUACCUGGGCCUUCAACAUAUGGCAAGCACAAAAAUGGAGCUGUGGCCUUACUCAAGCAUAGGGGUCAGGACAACUAUAAUACCAAAGUCGGUCAGGGUCUUACCACUGCAACCAGACACACUCUUAUUCAAUACGCGUUAUGCUGCCGCACCACUAUGCCUUCGGAGUCGGCAGAAAUUUUCUUGCACCCUUCAAUCGCAGACCGCAUGGCCGCGCAGCUUGAUAUAUUAGGGACCCAGAUCGCUAAUAUACAAGCCCGUCUCUGGGCUCUGAGACGGCAGAAUGGCUCGUCGAGACUCCCCGGACAACGCCGCAAAGCCUUCGAAGAGAUAAUUGCCGAUGCGAUUCGAACCGAUGACCUGCUUAUGACUUGGAAACGAAACAUCCCAAAUCCAGACUGGUUGCCGCAACACGUCUCUCGUGACGAUGUCGCGCCUUCAAUCCUCGCUGCGGGUUUCUACGGCACCAAAUGCGCGGUCUGGGCGGACCUGACUUUCGCAGAAGUGUUCAAUCUGCAUGUAUCUCGCCGUGUCUAUACGCUGCAAAUGAUCCGGCAAUCACUGGCCGAUGAGCCCACCCUACUCACCGAUUCAAGAUACCGUGCCAUCCUGGCGAAGGCAAACUCUGCCAUUCAGACCCUUGUUGACGCUAUAUUAGAAACCCUCCCCGUCCAUCUCGGGGACACAGUUGUGCCGACGAACCCGAUAUACUGCUCUGGGGUCGCAUUCCCUUAUAAAAUCAUUCGAGACCCACUGACUGGCGAAGUGAGAAGCAUUCCGGACCUGGAAGGGAGUGACUUCCGAAUGAGGGCAGCAGCAUCCGGUGGAUGGAUGAUAUUUCCUCACUUGCUCGAGAUAUACCGCUUUGCGGAGCCAGAGGAUGACGCCGAUCCGAUUAUCCUGAGACAAGGCCAGUUAGAGUGGAUCAAAGCACAAAUCAAACGGUUGCAAACGACCUUCUUGUUUUGUGAUCCCGUCUGGUGA